GUAAUGUUAGAGUGACCUGCUAGCAGGUGACAUAGCAUGGAGGCGAUAGACACCAAAUGAACAUGUCAAAAAAAAAACACAAAGAGAUCCCUGGAAUAUCUUUGCACACAUUUGAAGUUCUAUUGAAUCAGUUUUUGCUUACGGUUUCUAYCUGACUGAUAACCUAUGAUCAUGGAUACCUAUGGAAUUAAAAAUAUCUUCACUUUUAUGAAUGACACUACAGAGGAAAAUCAGGAAUACCACCACUUGUCACACAGGAAAGCUAUCCUGUAUUCUUGUCUGUCUACGACAGUGAUCAUUGCGUUGUCUUUGAUAAUUGCUGUGUUUAUUUGCCCUGUUCUGCAAAGAAAUAUACGUCAUCUUGUGAUUGCAUUCCUUGUUGCUCUUGGUGCUGGUUGCCUAGCAGGAGAUUCUAUAUUUCAUCUGAUGCCCCAUGCUCUAAAUCCCAGUAUGUUCAUUUAUCAUUACCACAUCCAUCCCGAGCCUCAUUCAGAUGCARUAAUACUAUGGAGAUCAAUGGGUGGCCAUUCACAUCUUGAUUCGUCGACAGCUGUGAGUCCAGUAGAUGAACUUGCUGACCAUAGUGAAAGCUCCCUAAAUCAGUCUUUUAGCAGUGAAAUUACAAAAAGUACCACGAAAAGUAACACUCUUAUUGUAAUGAUAUUAGUUGGAGAUGUUAUUCAUUGUUUCAACGAUGGUAUGGCUAUCGGUGGAGCUUUCUCUAAGUCUGAAUCUGAUGGAUUAAGUACAUCUUUAGCAGUGCUUUUCCACGAGGUGCCACAUGUUGUAGGUAAUUUUGCAAUUCUUGUAUCAAGUAAACUGACUAUCAAAAGAAGUCUUGUGUAUCAGGCCUUAGCAUUGGCUGUCAUGUAUGUAGGGGUUGUAAUUGGAGCUUUACUGGGAACUGCUUUAGAUCUUACAGACUGGAUCUUCGCAGUGACUGCUGGAAUGUUUCUGUUUGUUGCACUUGCUGAAAUGUUACCCGAGCUUCUACAUUCAACAUCGACACACACAGAGAACAAAGGAUUAAUAAUAGUCUUACAAAAUGCUGGACUUAUAACAGGAAUUGCURUUAUGGGGAUAUUAGCAACAUUUGAAGAGAAGAUAAAGAAGGCUCUUUCAUAGCACCGGAGUCUACUAGUGGUCAUCCYUUUCCAAAUACCCGRCAUCAAUKGGCACAGAAGAGUGCGCUUUGAAAAAUUCUUCUCGAUGUGGAGUGUAAUAUCGGAAGAGACGUUGGUACGUGUGACGCACGAUUGUUAAUCCAGACUUUCUWAUUUUUUGGAUUAGACUCCAGUCUUGCUUUUGUCCUAAAUGUUUCCUGCCCAUUCCUAGAAUUAUGAAAUUAUUGACUUUAGGCRCACUGAUAGGAGUUGUUUUCUAGUAUAGCUAUUUCACAACGAGAUGGAUUUUUAAUAUAAAGAAAUUAUUAAUAAAAGUCGAAUGAAA